GGGAAGCAGUCCGAUGUCUGUCCGCUUGUAGGGAUUUGUCGGAGUUCGGGAAGUUGGUGCUGGGAUGUGUUUUCUAGCGGGAGCCGCAGCUGCUCUGAAAGUUGCCGGGGACGGAGAAGCAGUGUCUGGGCUUUCUUAGGUUGUGUGGCUCUUGUCGUCCUGCUGCCCUCCCGAAUGGAAAGGGGGUUCUCAUCCCGUGUGCUGUCUCUUGUCAAAGAUUGGGCAGGCUGUGACCUUGCUGGGGCGCAGGGGACCCCUCUUUCUAGAAGCUGUGAGAUGUGCUGAGGAGGGGGGAACGUGUUCUCACUGGGACUGCUGGAGAACAGCCUUCCUGGGCCUGAAGCUGGGGGCUUAACUGGGACUGGAUUAACCUCUAACAGGGGGGAUGGAAGCUUUACUUUCUGUAAAGAUCUCCAGAACCUAAAUCUCCUGUUUUCUCCUGGGUGUUUUUUGUUUCGCUUUAUGUUUUCAAGUUUGUAACCAUCUCAGCAAACUUAUUCACAAGCUAAUUUUAUUCCAGCUUGCUGGAAAAGUUGCAUAUCACCACUGACACGUUCCUCUCCUGUGUGUUCCUCCCGGUUGUAGAGUCAGCCCUGUGGUUGCUUCCCUUGCAGUAAGCAGGGGAACAAGAGAACGUGCCUCUCUGUCAUUAUCAGUUUGCAUGCCUUGCUUGCAGCCCGGGAUUUCAGAAUAGCUCAGCACCAUCUGCAUGUAGACAAAUGCCUCCUCCUGGGUGUAGCUGCACAGCCCCGGCGAGGCGCGUGUAUUCUGCAUGCCAUGUGCACGCAUGCAGAUAGCUCAAGUAUUUGUUUCAGGAUUGGAAAAGGGGUUUUAGCAACUACUGUGAGCUGGUAACUGUCAGAGGGGUUGAUGAGUUGUUACCUAUGGAUAAGAGGUGUUGGUAAAGUAAGUUGCUGUAUUUGUGGGCUUAUGUGAUUUCAUGAUCUGUUUUCAUCACCUUUUUCUUCUUCCCAUUCCCCCUCCCUUUUCUCUUUUGCAGGGUGAUCUUGAGUUCUUCUUAACUUGCUAGUGCUCAGCCUCCUCAUGCCUCCAUCUCCUUUAGACGACAGGGUAGUAGUGGCACUUUCGAGGCCAGUGAGACCUCAGGAUCUCAACCUUUGUUUAGACUCUAGCUAUCUUGAAUCUGCCUCUUCUGCCGGUGAGAGCCAUUCCAGUCUGCUCGGCACAGCUGUCGUGUCCCUAAAGACUGCUAAUCUCACGUAUAUGCCCUCAUCUAACGGCUCUGCACGCUCCCUGAGUUGUGGAUGCAGCAGUGCCAGUUGCUGCACUGUGGCAACGUACGACAAGGACACUCAGGCCCAAACUCAAGCGAGCACCAGCAGCGCCGCAGCCUCUACCGCCUGCCCUGCCAACCAAAUGGUCAACAGCAAUGAUAACGCCGGCAGCUUGAGCCCCCUGGGCAGCGUGGGGAGCCCAGUCUCAGGCUCCACCAAGCAACUCGCUAGCAUCAAAAUCAUUUACCCCAACGACCUGGCGAAGAAGAUGACCAAAUGCAGCAAGAGCCACCAACAGAACCAAGGCCCUGUCAUCAUUGACUGCAGGCCGUUCAUGGAGUAUAAUAAGAGCCACAUUCAAGGGGCUGUCCACAUUAACUGUUCUGACAAGAUCAGCCGGAGAAGGCUCCAGCAGGGCAAGAUCACCGUCUUGGACUUGAUCUCCUGUCGGGAAGGCAAGGACUCCUUCAAGAGGAUCUUUUCCAAAGAAAUCAUAGUUUAUGAUGAGAAUACCAAUGAGCCAAGCAGAGUAAUGCCUUCCCAGCCGCUCCACAUAGUGCUGGAGUCACUCAAGCGAGAAGGCAAGGAACCCCUAGUCCUAAAAGGAGGACUCAGCGGUUUCAAGCAGAACCACGAAAACCUCUGCGAUAACUCCCUCCAGCUCCAAGAGUGCCCGGAGGGGGGAGGCGGGGUCGGUGCAUCCGCCGUGCCCCCCACGCUACCUCAGUCCAUCCCCACCACACCAGACAUCGAGAACGCUGAGCUCACCCCCAUCCUGCCCUUCCUCUUCCUUGGAAACGAGCACGAUGCUCAGGACUUGGAGAAGAUGCAGAGGAUGAACAUCGGCUACGUAAUCAACGUGACCACCCACCUGCCCCUGUACCACUACGAGAAAGGCAUGUUCAACUACAAGCGGCUCCCGGCCACUGACAGCAACAAGCAGAAUCUCAGGCAGUAUUUUGAAGAGGCUUUCGAGUUCAUUGAGGAAGCUCAUCAAUGCGGAAAAGGUCUCCUCAUCCACUGCCAGGCCGGUGUCUCACGCUCUGCCACCAUCGUUAUCGCGUACUUAAUGAAGCACACGCGCAUGACCAUGACGGAUGCCUAUAAAUUUGUGAAAGGCAAACGACCAAUCAUUUCCCCAAACCUUAACUUUAUGGGGCAGUUACUGGAGUUUGAAGAAGAUCUAAACAACGGUGUCACACCGCGCAUCCUCACACCAAAGCUGAUCGGCGUAGAGACCGUGGUGUGACGGUGAGGAUGCAGUCAAGGAAGGGGCUAACCUGUUCUUCACCUGAUUUGGGGCAGUGAUGGGUGGGAAGUGGGUUUUUCUUUUUAGCUUUCAAAGGGGGGGUUUUGUGGCAAACUUUUUGUGAAUAAAAACCUUUUUUUUUUUUUUUUUUUUUUUUUUUUUGAUAAGGAAAGGUUUUUAAAAGAUCCAAGAACUUUGCCGUGUUUGGGAUGCUGUUGUGAUUUCCUUCCCAGAUGCCGGCAGAGCAGGGAGGUUUUGGAGCAAAAGGAGUACUUUUUAAAAUCAAAACAAGAUGAAGAAGAAAUACUGGGCUUUCCCUCCACCCCCCUUUUUAUUUUUCCCUCCUCUCCAGCUACUUGUAGAGUUUAUGGCUAAGUAGUCUGUGCAGGUUCAUAGACUGAAGAAACUUAAGUUGAAGACAAAACACAAACAGCCAAAACAAAGCAGAAAUAAACCCCCCCCCUGAAACAGAAGGGCCUUCGUUCUGCAAAGGCAUUGCUAAAGAUAACCUAGCAAAAUGCUCACUGAUGCAAAGGAAAUUGGAACAGCUUCAAAAGUCUGCAAGGCACUUUUCACACUCCUGACUCAACCUAAAGACAAAAUAAAAAGAAGUUUAUUUGGCGUGUUUCAUGUUCCAGUUCUAUUUUUCUAUUUUGGGGUGUAAGGUUUUAACAGUAAGGGGACUUUGAUCAUUCUAUGCCAUAUGCCUUCACUGGCUUCUUGUGCAAUAAUAAUUUGGGGUUUGUUUUGAGUGUUCAAACCAAUUAUGAGUUGGCUGCCGACUAAUAAGAAGAUAAUAAUUUUUGAAGUCUACUAGUGUAAUGGCAGAGGCUUGGUUCAGAAAGGAUAAAUGAGAGCAAUUAUUUCGUUCCUUUAUAUGAUUUUGAUCCUGGUUACAGUGCCAUAAACCUUGUUACAUAUGUAUAUCAGAAUGUACAAAAAUGGAGAACGAGCAAAGUUUAUUUAAAACUAUUUUUCGCACAAAAUAUUGGUGUGCUUCAGUUGUCUAUGUAAAACAAAGAAACAAAAAAUUUGAUUAUAAAACAAAAAAUCUUUUGGCAAAUGUGUGUCCUUUUAUUUCUUCAGCAGUUUUCCAUUUUCUCUCUAUGGGAUGGAUUUUUGUGCUGUUGUUCUUGGUUUGGUUUUUUUUUUUUGUUGCAGUGUACAUCUCCCUUUGACAGAACUGAUAUCUCUUGUUUGGCAUCUCCUCUUCCCUGUUUCGUUCCUGUCCUCUGCUGGUGGAAUGUGUUCUCUUUAUUUCCUCAUGUAUUCCUGCAUCCUUCACUUUCUGUAAGCGGAUUUUUCUCUCCUGGAAGUGCAUCAGUUUUGGAGCUGUUCGGCUGAAUUAGCACUAUUGGUGAGGGCUCUUUGGGACAGACCUGUUAUUUCUACAGCUCAGUAGCCAUUUGGAAAAAUAAGAAAUAAACUUCUUCCACCAAUUCCUUUUCAUAUUCCUGCAAUUAGCUUAUCUUCUGUUACAACACUGUCCGGUUUCUAGAAGUAUGUUGGUCUCAUGUGUGCUUUUCCCUGGCCUCUCUAUAGCCCCCUCCUCUAGCAGUUCCAUGGUCCCUCCUCCUGGGAUUUUCCCCUUUCUCUUGCCCAUCUUUCCUUCAUCCCCCUCCUUUUCCAGCUGUGUCAGUGUUGUGUGGUGCAUAUUGUAGGGCUGAUGUUUCUGCCUGAUGGUGUGUCCCUGAGACACCUGACUUUUACUUUCCUUGUAUUUACUUUAUUUCAAUGGUAUGGUAUAACCUGAUCUCUUCUGGACUGUUACCAACUCUAAAGUUUAUUUGUGUGAGCCUAAAGUCACUUAGAAAACAUUUCUCGUAUCACUCUGUUUGUGCAAACUGAUAUAUCCCAGGAAGUCUGGUAGCAGUGAAGGUUUUUCCUAGAUGGAAACUUAGAUGGACGAACCAAGUUUAAAACAGGACUUGUCAGAAAACUUAUGUAUGAUCACACUAGACAUGUAUAUUUUUGUGGACAUUUUACUGAAAAUGUUGUUACUAUACAGAUAUUUUCUUGAAACUUAUCCCUUUAUUAAAUUAUUUUUCUACUGGAA